CCUCUUCCCUGGGUAGUCGGGCCUGAUCCUCAUUUUUGCAACAUAAGUGUUAUAUUUCUCUGUUAGCCCUUUUACGUCUUUUGGUUUUGGAUUCGGGUUGUAAACAAUGGAAGACAGCGAAUUAGAAGCAAUUAGGCGACAGAGAAUGGAGCAGCUCCAGGCAAAACAUGGGGAUCCUUCAAAUAAUCAGCAAGCAGAGGAAGCAAAACAAAGAGAAACAGAAAUGAGAAACUCCAUCUUGGCUCAAGUUCUAGACCAGUCUGCACGUGCCAGAUUGAGUAAUCUUGCCUUGGUGAAGCCGGAGAAGGCCAAUGCAGUUGAGAAUUACCUUAUUCAGAUGGCUCGCGUCGGGCAGUUGGGAGGAAAGAUAACUGAGCCGGGCUUAAUUGAGAUCCUUGAGAAAGUCAGUCAGCAAACAGAGAAAAAGAUGACUGUCAAAUUCAACAGACGGCGGGUGAUGGACUCUGAUGAAGACGAUGAUUACUAAGUUGUAAAAGAGAGCUCUGAAGUGAAACCAGGACUCUGGAGAGUUUAUGCUUUACUUGGACUGUAAUGGCAUCUUUGAGCAGCGAGUUCCAUUUAGCUGAAUCCUGCAAUGUCACACGAGCUUCUGUGUGUCUCUGGAAACUAUGCGUGAAUACAAAGACGGUUGAACAUUGUGAUAUAAGUGAAGGGUAGAAUACACGCAGUGCGAACUUUUUCAUUCUCUUUGCAGGUGAUAAAAAUUUGCACUUCUGGUGUUGCGCUCCUGACAACGGCGGUAGUUCUUCACCUCAUUCUCACGAAGGCUGCACUAUGUUUUGUGAAAUUCAAAACAUUGUAGUGCUGCUGGUGCAUGUGUCAAGGCUGAGCUGCAAGAACUCCACGGUUGGUUGAUUUCUGUUAUGCGCUAGCAUCCAUUGACCUUGGUUGUUGCUUUGGGGUAUUUUAUUGGGGUAGUUUUAUAGGAAAUUAAAAGAAAGUGAGUGUUUCAUGAUUCAGUUAUUACAGUAAUUGUUUGACCCUGUUGAAAAGGCUUACAUUUUGGAUCUUUACAUAAACUGAUGCACUGUUUAAACAAGGCAGUGGUUUAUCACAUUUGUAAUAAAAAAAAAAGUUAUAAUCUACGUGCCAACAGUUGAUUGCUGUGUGUACAGUUCAACAUUUUUUUUCAUUUCCAGUAGAUGACCACCAUGUUACUCAGUUAUCAAAUUGCUUUUGAAAAUAAAAGAAAACAAAAA